CGGCACGAAGACUCAUACUUGCUACGGCCAUGACAUGUCAACAUGGGGAUCACCCCAGGGCAAGCGGAGCAGGUCAACAGCGACAUCGGCAAGGGCAGCCCCGGAGUCCCAGACUCGAUCCCGGACCAUAGUCCACUCGGUGUCCAGAUGCGGAGCAGGACCCUGCGUGAGAAGGCUAUAAUGGCGAGCGUGCCGUUGGUCAAUGGCCUCAGAUUUCCGGAGCAGGAAUUUUGGUUGGGUUCCUGGGCGUGGAAAAACUCCAGAGAACUCCACCAAUUGGCAAAUCGUUACGUGAUGCUAUCCACGCCGGACGGCCGUGCCGGUUUGGGUCCCACAGGUGGCUCCAUCGAUGAUAUCAGGGGCGAGGGCCGACUAAGGGCCAGGACUCGACUCGGGUCGCCGUGGCAUGGAGCCGAGCCGCCUUGA